AUGACUGCCGGAUUUUACUUCGGCGACUCUGACGACUCUGACGCGGAUACCAAUGAUGCCAAUUACACAGACGCGAAUCUCCCCUUCCCCAAACCUCUCUCGCGGGCCUCCUUCGUCUCCCCUAACUUCGACCCAGCCACCUUCCUCUCCUCCCUAACCAAUCGUCACCAAACCCUCUCCGACCUGCAAACGGAAUUGCGCGAGCUUAGUCAAUCCUUGAACAAUGAGCUUCUUGACCUCGUCAAUGAGAAUUAUCAGGAUUUCUUAUCUCUGGGCAGCGCACUAACGGGUGGCGAAGAGAAGGUUGAGCAGGUUCGAGUUGGCCUGCUGGCGUUUCAAAGGGAUGUGAAGGGUAUACGCGAUGGGUUUGAGAAGAGGAUCGAUGAUAUUUCUGCUCUGUUGGAGGAAAAGAAGGGCUUGAGGAAAGAGGUUAUGCUUGCAUAUGACCUGCUAGACAUUGAGGAGAGUAUCGGAGAGUUGGAAGAUAGACUUAUGAUCGUUGACGAACGGGACAAGCGGAAAGGAGAGAUCGGUGCUGAUGGAAGGGUUGACGGUGAGGGUGACGAUGAUGAGGAGUUGCAUGGAAUCAUUGAAAGUGAAACAGAAGAAAGCGAUGGGGGAGACGAUGGCGAUGGCGGGAAUGCAAGUGGGAAUGGCAGUGGCAGUGGCCGGGUGCCGAUGGUGUCAUUGUCUAGGCUGGGCCGGCACAUACAUAGGUACUUGUAUAUCAAGGCGAUGUGUGGGAGGAUAGGUGAGAAGCACCCUUUCAUCGUCCAGCAAGACAAUAGAAUGGAGCGAAUAAGGAUGGCAUUGAUACUGGAUUUGAAAACUGGCGUACUGCAGGCGAAGCGAUGUGAGAAGAGCCGGGAACAAAAAUUACAGGCUGCCAUGCGCCUGUAUGAGCUUAUCGGGGAGAAAACGGAUGAUCUUGACGCAGAAACAGCUAUGAAAAAGCUGGAGAUUUAG